UUGGGAGAUGAGUUGAAAGCUUUGCUAGCUAAUAGUUAGCCUCCAAUUUUUAAAGUUCUUACAGGAACAGCGGUCUCCAAAAUGUCGAGGCUAAAGGACGAGCACGGAAUGGAUUUUAGGUCCAGCUGUUGAUGUGUUGACUGGUACCUUAUCAUACAGGCAACUGUGAGGACAGGAUGCCAGAGAUGACUGAAACUCAGACACCUGGCCGUAAACCCAAAAAGAAGAAAAACAAAGAAUCUCACAAUGCAGUUGAAAGACACAGAAAAGAAAAGAUUAAUGCCGGGAUUAACCGCAUUGGUAAUCUUUUGCCGUGUUCCCAGGCACUUAAACAGAGUAAGAACAUGAUACUGGACCAGGCCUUUCGUUACAUCACUGAACUGAAGAAACAAAAUGAUACAAUGCUUCUGGAAGGAGGAGAUAAAGUCCAAGCAGAGGAAAUCCGUCGGCUGCGGCGUCAGCUGGAGGAAUUGAGGCGAGAGAGUGCUCACUAUAUUGAGCUCCUCAAAGCCAAUGACAUUAACCCUCUGGAAGAUCCCACUAUCCACUGGAAGGGCAAACAAAGCUGUGCUAAAGUGGCAAAAGUUCCACCUACUCACCAGCUCCCAAAGGGGAUCAUUGUUUGUUCUAAUGGCAAUGGGGCAUUCCCUGCAGGAAAGGAGACUAGCCCAGGAAAACAGUCAUCUGAAACAUUAAUUAUUCAGCCAUCAUCUGAGGCCAGUGCCAGAUUAAGGGUUAAUGGAGCCCUGCUGCAUGUUAACAACUCUUCUUCUACCCCUGCACUUCUCCCUGGGUCAGCAGCAGCACCCACUCAGUCUACACCCAGCCUGAGAAUGAUAGAGCAGUGUGUGGUCGAAGCACCAGCUGUGGCACCCACUCUGCCACCUUCUGUGUCUUACAUCACCCUCCAGAUUCCUGCAGCAUCCACGUCAAUGCCUCAGCAAGCUCAGCCCCUCACCUUAGCAGCUACUUCAGCCUCACAGCUCCCCACUGAAGGCUCUGCUCUGCCUGCAUCCACCCACCCUACAAAAGCUUCGGAGGGUUGCUCAUGGGUAACGCAGGACACUGCCAUAAGGACUGCAAGUUACACUGCUAUCCCAACCAGCCAAGCCCUUCUCAGGGCUGGGGCAGCAGGCAGCACACAGACUACCUGGACAACACUGCAGAUGGCAGGGAACACAGUGCAGCCAGUCUGCCAAAGUCUUUCCACUCCAGAAGUCAGCAACACCACCCAGCCUAUCCAGCAGGUGACUGUAUGUCCAAUGGGCAGCAAACCAUCUGUUCACCCAAUUCAAAUACAGAUGCAACCACAGGUGCCUGUACAGCAGGCACCUCUUACAGGUCACAUUCAAGCGCAGCCGUUUCAAAGAGCACCCCAGAUACGGCCAGCAGUCCUAAACCAGACACAGCCUCAGCCUAUCCUAGCAUGCCAACCUCAGUGUGCUGUUCUUCCUCAAUCAGCCAUAGUACAGCCGCCACCUGUGGUGGCCCACCCUGCAGUAGUGUCUCAGCCCCAGCCUACUCUUCUUCAACCAGCCAUAAUCCCACAGCCUCAACCCCUCCCUCAGCCAGCCCUGGUACCCCAGCCACAGGCCACUGUGCUUCCUCUCCUUCAGACCAUGCAGGUGUUGCAAGUCAACCCAGGUGGAGCAACAGCUUCAGGUGUUACAGUACCACAGAACACAAACAAUCCAAGUGUUGUAAUCCUGCAGCAGGCCAGUGCUUGCCCUACCCAGCCAGUUGUGAGGGAGGAAAUAACAAGUCAAACACCAUGUCAGCAUUUUGUAAUCAUUCAGGCACCCAAUCAGGCUGCAACUUCUGCUCAGAAUCCCCAAGUUGGCAUGGUGCCUGCCGCUAUCCCUACUGUUUCCACUCAGAUACCCAUGACCAGCACUUCGGUGUCUGCCCCAUCCUUGCAGAGUGUAGGGGGAAAGCAGCUGGUGCACAUUCUUCCUCGCCCUGUUCAGCCUCAAGCGAGCCAUCCUCCGCAGGCCACCCAGACAUCAUCUUCUCCACCAGUUCCUACAACCCCGCAGACUAUCACUGUGAAUGGACAGGUGUUUGCCUUGCAGCCUGUGAAGACUUCUGAUAAGGCCAGUUCCCAGGGUGGCCAGAGUACAUUGCAGCUAGUCCAGCCCACUACCAGUGAGGAACCGACUACUAAUGUGGCUCUCAACAGCUUAGGGGCCCUCAGCAGUCUCAAUCAGAGCAUCUCUCAGGGUCUUCCUCUUAACAUUUCUAGUCAGAACAAUGGUCAGCCUCCACCUGCUCCAUUAUCAGUGUUGCAGCAGCAGCCUCCUGCUCCAGCAUCCAUCUCUGGAGCCACACUUGCACUACCUGCCCGACAGCUACAGGUCCCAGUCACAUCAGGGCUGGUGGUUAGUACCUCUAAGCCUUCAGCAAAGAGGCUUCGCACAGCCUUGAAUAUGAAGAGAGCAGCAGCAAAAAGGACUAAAGCUACAAAGAAAAAGGAAACCAGUCCCCCACAACCUGCUGUAGCUCUUUCUGCCAAGCCAAUAGCUGCUACAGGAGAGAGCCAGGUAGUUCAGGUUACAGGAUCUCAAGUUUUACAGUCUGCAUCUGUUAAAGUCACAGACAUUAACUCCACAUGUACCACAGCUGUCACAGCUAUAGAUAAAGCUAUAGGUAGUGUCACUACACAACAGAACACACAGAAAAUGGUUGUAAGCAGUUCAUCCAGCGGGCCAGCUGUGUUUAGUCAAUCCCAUCCACGGGAUAAAACCUCUGUCAGUGCGUCUCAGAGUGAUUCGACAUUCAGUCAUUCUAACACUAGCAGCAUCACGACUGCAGUUACAGCAGUCACUGCCACAUCGAUCGAGCCAUCGGUUAGUUCAGACUUGGUUGACAAGAGUAAAGUAUCUCCACUUUCUGGCAGCGACUCAGCUGUAACCAAGCUCUCAGCUGCUGAGGCUAAACAUCCUAUCACCAGUACAGAAACUAGCAUAACACAAACUAAGUGCACUGCCAGCACUGCUGCUUCUGGACAAAACCGGCCUGUGGUGACCUCAGCAGCUGCCUCUGAAACUCUGUACACUUCUUCCUCUGUUUCUACUGUAUGUUUGACUCCAGUCUGCACCAGCAGUACCACAGCAACUGCACCGUUACCUUUUAAUAAGACUACCCAACAAACAUCACCUUGUCGUUCCCAGGGAUCUGCCUCACAAGAUUCUCUGCCUUGUAAUAAACAGGAGUCUCAAGCCACUCCUUCAUCUUCUGUGUCCACAACCCUGUCAUCAUCUGCACCUGCAUUUUCUGCUAUGCACAGCUCUGCAACAACCCCUACAACAAGUUCAGAUAUUAGUAAAAGGAACACUGCUCCCAGAGUUACAACACAGCAGACUGAUGUGAGCACACCCAAUCUGUCCUCCUGCCAUCCUACUGAGGGCAAACCGCCUCAGGCCCCUAGAGCAAACAGUGAGGCUCAGGAGGAGAUGCAGUCCACACCAGCAGCCAAAGAGAGCUUAGUAGUGACUCCUGACAUUCCUACUAGAAAGGACUUUUCGUUGUCUCAACAGGUGUACACUAACUUAGAUGAUCAAACUCUGGAGCACUCUUUGACCUCUAGCAGGCAGACUGAUUCUCCCAUGUCUACUGGAGCUGGGGGUGGUAGAGGGUUUUCUGUGGCGUCCAUGCUUCCCCAAGGCCACACUAUUGGUGCAUCAUCUGGGUCCUUUGGAACAUUUACAUUCACAAAUGAGCAGGCAGAGAUGCUGGCAUUAGCCAUGCUGGAGCAGGACAGCCCUGGAAGGAGGAGUGGAGGCUGCUCUGGGGAAAACACUGCAUCUACUAAUCCCACCACAGCCACGUGGGAGCCCCCCAAAACCACACCAGUGUCAGCCAGUAAAGAACGAGGCUCAGCUGGGCAGCAGGCUAAAGUGAAUAAGCCUAUUGACCCAGGAACAGUUAAACCUGCUGUUGAGGUGUCUGUCAGAGGACAGGUUGGGGAAGGGUCUGUGAGUGCAGCCAGUGGAAGCAGACAUCCACAAAACAUUUCUUACUCCCAGUCUCAGCCUCUUCCCCAGGUCCAGUCUCAGAACUCAUCCCAGAGUGGGACAGUGGCAAGCCUCAGUGUCAACAACCUGAUUAGGCCCAGCUCUAGUCACCAGCCCUACCCUGGCUCCCCAAAUCUGCCUGGCCAACAGGCCUCAGCUCCCUCUCCUGCGGGGACCUCAUCUCUUAUAUCCCAAGCCUCAAAUAAUGCUCACUCACCCUGUUCAGGUGCUACACAGCCAAAUGAGUACAUCCCCUUAAAGACUACACUAAUGAGGGCUCAGGGAGGAGUUGGUGUUGGCGAGCGACAAGUAAAGAUAAUUUCCAAGCGGCAGGCUCAGGAUGAGGUGAUGUUAAACACUAGUAAACGACCUAAGCCCUGCCCUCCAUCUGGUAACCCUGUCAACCACAUGGAUGUGAAAGCCGCUGACCACAACCAGAUGAUGGUAGGUCAGCUACCGUCGUCUUCCUCAACCGUCAUGACAAGGAUUAAUUCAGAAGGUGGAGGCCCUCUCUUCUCUGCAAACUCUUUUAUGAGCCCGGUAGUUAGGCCUGCAGAUGGGCACUGCCCUCCACAAGGACCUCCUGAGCAGAACCAGCCAGGGGUACUUCAUCUGCCCCAGGGGCAUCAGCAGCAUGCUGUAACACAGCCUGGUCAACAUCUGGGAGGGAACCUUUACAUGAAACAGCAACAGCAGGAGCAGCAGAGGCACCAUCUGUAUCAUCUGCAGCACCACUUGACACAGUCAGAUCCAGCACAGCGCCACUCAAUACACCAGAGGGCGCUGCAGCAACAAGAGCAGCAUGUCCAGAAGAAGCGGGCACUCGUCAGAGGCAGUCAAACAGGCUCACCUGCUGGCCUGCAGCAGAAGCAGCAUCACCUGGAAAAGUCUGGAGUUCAGCAGCAGCAGCAUCCUUCACAUCAACAACAACAGGCACAGCAUCAACAGCACACACAGCAGCAGACCCAGCAACAUCCACAGCAGUCACACCAACAAUCACAGCAGCAUCAACAGCCAACACAGCACCAGUCUCAUCCCCAGCAGCACCAACAACAGACACACCAACAGCCUCCACAGGGACAGCAUCAACAACACCAACAGCAGCAGCAGUUGCAGCAGCAGCAGAGCUCUCACUCCAGACACCAGCAGCAUCUGCAGCAGCAGAUCCAGCAGCAGCACUUUAGGCACCAGGAGAAGAGUUGUGAAGCACAGGCAGCCGGUUCCAGGGGCCAUCACAGUAAUCACCUGGCCCAGCAGGACCACCUCAAGUCUGGUCAAGACCAUAAUGCUAUGCAGAGGAUGAUGAGCUCUAGGAGUCUGGAGCAGCAGCUCAUUUCUCCUCCCGCCAAUCCUGUGUCACGGUCGUCUGACUUGGCCUGCACUCCAUCUCGGCAGGAACGUCACCGUGUGUCCAGCUACUCUGCUGAGGCGCUCAUCGGUAAAAGCUCCACUAGUGGCGAGCAGCAGCGCAUCGGUCUCCACCUUCAGCCUGGUCACAGUGGCGCUCAGGAGCAGCCAGACCUCCGUGGUUAUCUGGACACGUCAAGAGGGAAGGCCAACAUUGCACAUAACCCACAGAGCCGUCUGCCAUCUGACCAUCCGGGGUCCGCUGAUGUUCAGCGGGUCUCAGAGUGUCCGCCCUUUAAGGCUAUGGGGGGUGCAGGAGGAGCACAUCAGCUCAGUGGUUUUGAGGCUCAGGUAUCUCGUGGGAGUGACAUGACAUCUAAACCAGUGCCUCCCUCCCAGAGGGGGCCUCAGGGGCAGCAACAGCCAGGUUUCAGGAUGGGCCCUGCAACAGAUGGCCGAAAUCGUGGGGGCUACAGUGGAGCUCAUCCUGGCUCACAAGGGGUCCAGGUUGGACCAGCACUGCCUCGAGAACAGGAUGGAUGUCAUCAGAGUUUCAUGCAAAGCCUCCUGUCCCCCCACCUUCCUGAGCAGAGCAACCACCAACGAGCAGUGCAGUGCUGUCCCCCGGUCAGCAUGGAGUACAGCUGUGUGCCUGGAAACUCGUCAGGAGACAUACAGGCCAAGGCCUCCAGUCCCAGUGUUCCCCAAACCCAGAAGGCUCCGCCUAUGCGACUUACAGAGGGAAACAAGGGCCACAUUUCUCAGGUCAGCAGUAACAUGCACCCAGGCCCAGGUGUGCGAUCAGGACUCCCUCACCCUCCACCCCCACACAGCAGCUCUGAGCCAGGCCGCUCCUCUGCCCCCUCCCGUCCACCCACUGCUGUUAGCCAACACUCUCGCCACAUUGCCAGAGAUCCUCAGCCCACCAAACUGAGACCUGGCGACCGGCCUCGAUCCGGUACGCUCAGACCGAGCAACCCAUUUGAGCCUGAGGGCCAUCUGCCUCUGCCCCCUGGAGGUGGGGUGCUGCUGAGCCGACCACAGUCUGGAGGAGAGGCACGGCGUAGCGCCAUUGUGCGCUUCAUGUCAGACAGUGCUCAGGUUCCUAGCGACAACAACCUGGUUCCUGAUCAGCACCUAACACAAAACUUUGGUUUCCCUUUUAUUCCUGAGGGAGGGAUGAAUCCUCCACCUCCCAUCAAUGCAAACUCUACGUUCAUCCCGCCAGUGAGCCAGCCGAACGCCUCCCGUACGCCGUCCCUCCUCCCCGUUGAGCCUCAGAACACUUUAACCUCCUUCUACCCUUCCUAUUCUCCAGCUGCUCACCCCAGCCUUUCCAGUGAUGUCACCCUCCAAUACUUUCCCAACCAAAUGUUUACGAGCCCGAGUGCCGACAAAGGCAGCGCUCCUCCACUCAACAACCGCUUUGGCUCAAUCCUCUCCCCGCCACGCCCUGUGGGUUUUGGUCAGGCCAGCUUCCCGCUGCUUCCAGAAAUGCCCCCGAUGCCCAUCGCCAACUCGUCUGGAAUCACCCCUCACAUCUCCAACUUCAACUUGACCUCUCUGUUUCCCGAAAUCGCUACCGGCAUGCCCACUGAUGGCUCAGCGAUGCCAAUGUCUCCCUUGCUGUCUCUCUCUAACACCGCAUCUGCCGACUCGGGCAAGCAGCCGAAUCGUCCUGCUCACAACAUCAGCCACAUUCUGGGCCACGACGGCAGCUCGGCCGUGUGAGGAGACCUCCUGCUGCAGUGUGAAUGUGAUGGUGAACUGGAGCUUUAGAGCAAAAAUUUUAAAUGUUGUCGUUGCUUUUAAUGUUCAACGAGUUCAGAAAGUGGUGAUGAAGCACUUGUUGAAAUGGUGAUUUUUGUUGUUUACAUGUUCAAAACAGUUUUGGUCUCAGAUAUGUUCCCUUUGGCGUUUGCCAAUGUUAUCAUUUGUAAUAUCUGAACAAUCUUAUAAUUUUACAGGAACAUGGAAAUGUGUAUCUUUAAAGUGUCCCUCUUAUGCUUAUAGGCUCCUAAUUUUAUUUUGUAGGUCUACAAGCAAAGGUGUGCCUCUUUGUGCACUGCUGUCUUUUUGAGGCCACACUCCCACGAGCCCAUUCUGGUCUGGAUGGUUAGCUCCACCAAAUUCACAUGUAACUGGCUUAGCCCUUCAAAAGCUGACAUCUGCAAACAGAAAGCCGUAGCCACAUUAUAAAAACAUGCCAUCGCUUCUAACUUUAACAUCAUCCUACGUUUGAAUUUGAUCGAAAUCAUGGCAAAGCCUCGUUUUUUUUUAACUUGGAGAUUUUUGUCGCGCGGUUUUGCUGUUAGUGCAGAGCAGCAGGAUGAAAAAUGGCGACAACGUGAUGGCUCACUGGUUUACAUUAGGCUGGAUGCGGCUGUGUGUGGCACCAUAUCAUAUCAUGUGGCUUGUUUGAUAAAAAGCUACUUUCAGCUACUCGCUUUCUCACCAGGAAUCACUCCACAUGUGUUGAUUUGGUGGAUUUGUACUUCGGAUGGCCUUUCUGACGCAACCCCAAAAGGCUUCGGUUCUCCUCCCAGGACUAAAACGGGUAUCUUUUGUUUGUUAGGUGAAUGUAUAAACCUCUACACGAUGAUCUGAGAGCAGAGGGAGAGAGAGGGAUUAAUACAUAUAGAAUCAAACAGAUUCACUGUAUUAGCACUAAAGAUGCAGAGAUUUUCCUCCUGUGGAAGCAUUUAAAGUAAUCCACUGGCUCAUCAGUUCUUGGAGACUUACAGUAAAGCAUUUGGAGUAUUUUGCUUAUAAGAGACAUUUUAGAGUUAUCGUCCAUCUUUGAGUUGAGGUCGCUGCUCGUUCUGUCCUUCCUCAAGGGUGGGCAAAAUUAUUCCAGUUUGUUACAUGGUGUCGAGUGAUAAGUGGAAUAAUAAUACAGUCAUGUGUUCUGUGGGAGAGAAUGGACAACUGUGGACAUCACAGUUGAGUUGUCCUUAUCAUACUUCUUCCUGUUCUGCAGGGAGACGUUAAUAGGCAUCGCAAGCAAACCUUUGCAUAAAACCUUUAUAAUUCUCUUUGGUGUGGAUUUUUCAAACAUGUCAAAUUAUGAAACAGAUUGAAUGAUGAAGAAAAAAGUUAAAAGCAUAAUAGGGGCACUUUAAAGUUUGUUGUGAAAAUGUUGGUUAAACCGACUGGUAGUAAAACAAAAUCAGUUUAAGGUUUAGAACUUGAGUUCAGUGUAUCCUGGGUCAUUGAGAAACCUUCUGCACAGUUACCUACUAAUGUAAUUUACUAACUUAUCAGGUUGUGCUGUACAGAAUUGUUUUUCCAAGAGCUAUUUUGUAAAUACCAAUGUUUAAUAUCAGAAUUGUUAGAUUAUGUAUGUAUUUGUAAAUACAAGAUUGAUUAAUAAAGUUUAUAAGGAGACAUUUGUA